AUGUUAAUAACUGGCCGGAAGUCAGUAUUGGUCAGUCAGUUCGGCCACCCACAUGUCAGCGUGUCUCACCUCUCGUUACACUCUUGCGACACUGGACGUUUUUACUGUCCAUUCGUCUUUUCUCACUGUGUUUAUCGUCCGCCUGCUUUUAUUCUUUCUUUCUUUCUUUCUUUCUUUCUUUUUUUCUUUCUUAUACUUUUUUUGUGCUCUUUCUUUUUUCUUUCUCUCCUUUUCUUCCUUUGUUUUCUUUUACUUGCUUUCUUUCUAUCCUGUUUUCUGAUUUCUGAUGUUUCUUUGUUUCAUUCUACAUUCCUUCGUUCUUUCUUUUCAUAUUCUGUUUUGUGUCUGUUUAUUUUAUUCUUUCCUCCUUUUUCUUCAUUCAUUCUUUUCAUAUUCUUUUUCGUGCUCUCUCUUUUAUAUCUGCUUUCUUUUUUGAUUCUUGUCUUUUUCCUUCAUUUUUUCUUUUCAUAUUUUUGGGGGCUUUUUUCUCUUUUUUGUCUCUCUUUUUUGUUCCUUUUAGUCUUUUUACUUUCUUUAAAUUCUUUCUUUCCAUGUUCUUUUUUAUGCUAUUUCUUUCUUCUUUUUUUUCUUUCUUUGAAUUGGUUUGAAUCAUUUUGUCUUCUUUACUGUCUUUGUUAUUGUUUUCUGUUCCUUCAAAAUGGUUUUCUUUGUUUCUUUCUUUCGCGAUUUUCAUCAUCUUCUUUAUUUCUCCUUUUAUUUAUUUUGGUUCUUUCCUUACAUUCUUAUUUAAUAUCUCUCUCUACUUGCAGCUAUUUCUUCUUUCUUUCUUUCAUUCUUUCUUUCUUUUUCAUUCAUGAUAAUAUACUUUGCUUUCCAGUUUUUUUUAUAUUUCUUUUUUUCAUAUUCCUUUAG